AUGUUCAAGGGGGGCAGAAGGACAACAGAUUCAAAGGGAGAAUAUAUAAAUCGAUUACGAAGUCUACUUGUUUCAGGGUUUUUUUUAUUUUCUUUUAUUUUUUUUUUUGAUUUGGUGUUGUUAAAUCUAGAAUUACAAUUACGUUCAUUCAUGAAUCCCCUUUUAGUGCUAUUGUUCUUGUCGCUCACUUCUGCUGCUCCUGCAAACGUCAUUAUCCGUACUGUUGUGGUCACAGCCCCUGUUCAAGUUGUUACUGUAAGUGCAAACGGUGCGGGACCCGUACCAAUCUCAACGGCUUCGGUUACCACGACAACAAGCGCAUCAGCCAAACCAACUACCUCUAGCUCAACCAGUACUACUAGUUCUUCUUUAUCCUCCGCCACUUCAUCUUCUUCUGUUGCUAGUUCAUCUUCAAGUGCUCCUGCAUCAGCAGCAAGUUCAGUCCUUUCUUCUCAAUCUCAAACUGGGAAUUCUUUUUACAACACCGUGUUCAAACUUUGGCAACGUUUCUGGAUUUCCAACAAAGGUAAAUGGAACGAUGAUGAUGAAAUUUGUGGGGAUGGUGAAUAUUCCAUGCCUGUUUUAUGGAACAUGGCUGUUUUGGGUAAAGCAAUUGCCAAUACUGGGGAUAAAUCAGGAGUUGAUGUCACUUUGGAAAGAAUCAUGGAUUAUCAUGAUCCAGAAACAGGUGCAUUUUUUGCUACUCCAAAUAACGGUGAGGAAAUCUAUUCCGAUGAUAAUGCUCAAUUAGCAUGGGUAUUCAUACAAGGUUACAAAUUAACCGGAAACAAAGACUAUUUACAAAGUGCUAAAGACAUUAUGUCAUACAUCAAGACACAGUGGGGUCCAAAUGGUGGUGUAAUUUGGAAAAAGGAUAAAAAUUAUAUCGCAUCAAUUUCCACCAUUGAAGCCGCUUUAACUGCUGUGAGAUUGUAUGAAGUCGACAAUAGUGACAGUUCGUUGCUUGAUUUUGCUUACGAUUGUGUUAACUUUAUGUUUGAUCAUCUUCAAGAUCCAAGUGAUCAUUUAUUCUAUGAUGGUACCGACAAGAAUGAUUUGAGUCAAAUAGACAAAGGGAAGUUAACCUAUACUGUUGGCUGUGCUCUUAGUACCUUGGCUCAUUUGCAUAACUUCAAAAAUGAUAAAGAUAUGUUGAACAAGGCUUUACAAUUGGCUCAAGCUGCUACCGAUACCGAGGGAGCAUUUUAUACCGAUAAUGGACUUUGGAAUAACAACUUAGAAUAUGUCCAUUUGUUAUUCGUUGGGUUCGCUGACGCUUUCCAAUUGAGUGAUGAAUUUGGAAAGUUUAAAGAUGAAGUUGUUAGACAAGGUAACUAUAUUUAUGAAUAUUUACAAGACCCAAAUGAUCAAAGUUUGUAUUUCAAUCUGAUUUCCAAAUCAACUGCAUCAACUUAUCAAAGAUACAGUAAAUCAUUUGCUGGUAGUUUCACACAAGACAAUUCAAUCUUUUGUAGUAAUGAUCCUUCCAAACCAGCAAAGAAAAGUUUAUUAGUCAAUGCAAGUGCUGCCCAAAUUUUGCAUGCCAUGGCUAAUUUCUGA